GGUAGAUCGCGAAAAAAAAUGCUGAAAAGAAUUUUGUUCGUUGUCAGUUUUGUGCUACUCAAGGGCUGCUUAGCAGAAACGACAGAUGCAUAUUUGCUGAAAACCUUCAGUCUUCCCUCGGACUUAAAUUUUAUGCCCACCCUGGGCAAUGGCCACCUGGGCUAUACGAUCUACGGAGAUGCCAUCUUCAUGAACGGAGUGUACAAUGGACCCGGCGGAAAUAGCAAACGUGCUCGCAUUCCCAACUGGCUAAACAUAAGCACCGAACUUUGUGAUCGCUUCGGCUGUGCCUCUGCCGAAGAUGUGGAAGUGAAUGGAACUAGCUACGAAAUGGAUCUGAGGAAUGGGUACUUCCGUUCCCUCACGGCCUACAAAAGUCUUGGGAUCACAGUGGAGCAGAGAACCUAUCCGCACAAGUACUACAAUCGAGCUUUGGUCUACGAGGUGGUGGCCAGCAGACGUACCUCUAGUAGUUCGAGAGUUAAUUCUCCCCAGUUCCUGAAACUCACCCAACAUCCUGGUACCUCCAGCAAUGCCUUUGAGUUUGUCGUCCUAAAUAAUGGCAGCUCAACAUCCAGCGGAGAUUUUCGCACUCUUCGAGGUCGCACAGAAGUCCUGGAAUUUGAGAAAUUCCAACCGGAUCCUCAGGAGAUAUUUAUCCUAUUCAGUGAAUCCUUAGAGCAGCCCCUGCAACUGGAAUGGCCCGCUUGGCAGUCAGAGUUACGACAUCGCAUCAUUAUAACCAUAGACAGACAGGAAAGUGUGGCUCGUAAGGAACUCGAAGAUGUGCUCCAGCUGGACCCCAAAAGCUUUCUCCAGAAACACACCGAUUCCUGGAACAGUUUUUGGGACAGGGAAUUCUCCAUCGAAUUAAGAGGAGACGAUGCACUGGAGCUAUCGCAGAUUGUCAAUGCCGGAAUCUUCUAUUUGGUUAGUUCUCUGCCAUCGCUUAACACCAACCAGCAGAAUGAACCCUUCUACGGAUUAAGUCCCACUGGACUGGGGCGGGGCAAUUUGGAGGCCGAUUAUCAGGGCCACAACUUCUGGGACACCGAGAUCUGGAUGCUGCCAAUAGUCACCCAAUUCGGUUUUCAGUACGCCAAGGAAGUGCUUGACUAUCGUUUCAGGAAACUGGAGGGUGCUAGAUAUAACGCCAAUGCAACGGGCUUCAAGGGCGCCAGGUUUCCCUGGGAGAGUGCCUACACUGGGACAGAGGUCACUAAUCCCUGCUGCCCGGAGGUGGCUCAACAGGAGAUUCACAUAUCUCCCGACAUAUCCUUUGCCAUGCAAAAGUUCUUUGCCCAAUCGGAGGACUACGUCUGGACCUGUGAAACAGCCUGGCCAAUAGCAGCAGAGGUGGCCGAGUUCCUGGUUAGCCGAGCCACCUGCGAGGAAAAGCAGAAUUUAUGUCAUUUCUUGAACAUAAUGGGUCCGGAUGAGGAUCACCCGGAUGUGAAUGAUAAUGUAUACACAAACGCUGUGGCCAAGAUUGCCUUGGAGUUUGCCGAAUGGGCCGGCCAAAUGUGUGGCAACACUAGCACCAAACUCUUUGAGAAGUGGCGGCAAUUAAGUGAUCGGUUGGUAAUCCUUAAAGAUGACGAACUGAAUUAUCAUCCACAGCACCUGGGUUACACUUUGAACACCAUUGUCAAGCAAGCGGAUACCAUUCUGCUGGGAUUCCCCCUUAGAUUCGAUACCAGCUCAACCCACUUGAAUGAUCUGCACAUAUAUGCGAAUGUGACGAGAGAAUCGGGACCGGCCAUGACUUGGUCCAUGUUCGCCGCUAAUUAUCUGGGCACCAGCGAGGAUUGGCGGGCCCACGAUUACUUUGAGCGCGGCUACAAGAGCUAUGUUCGCCCCGAGUUCAAGGUGUGGAGCGAGACGCCGCUGGGCUAUGAGGGUUCGGCGAAUUUCCUCACCGGGAUCGGGGGCUUCCUGCAGGCCCUGAUCUUUGGCUACGGCGGCCUGGACUUUGGGCGCGAUGGCAACAAGACGGUGAUGUUCAGAAGUCAAGCAUCAAUGCCGCCAAAUGUCAACGAAGUCCACGUUAACUAUAUUCGAUAUGGCGACAGUAAGUGCAGGUUUAUUUUCAGUAACUUGUCUUCGGAAAUGCAGUGCUCCAUGCAGUCUGGUCCUGGCUUUGAGAUGGUUCAGAACCAAAAGAGAACCAUGCUUGGCAAAUCCUUUAAUUUGACCCACGUAAGAGGAGAUUCCCCGCAGCAUAUCAGCAUAGUAAGAUAAAUCCAAAGUGUAUUUGAAUAAAUAGGUUUGAAGAGAA